AUGUCAUCUCCGAUUAUAUUCUACGACAUCCCCUCUACCCUGUCGGUGAAUGCGUGGUCCCCAAACACGUGGAAGACCCGAUAUGCCUUGAACAUUAAGGGUGUUGCAUACAAGACCGAGUGGGUCGAGUACCCUGACAUUGAAGCUCUCGCCAAGAAAAUUGGGGCGCCACCGACAAGCACCAAUGCUGAUGGCAGCCCGUUAUACACCCUUCCCAUCAUUAAUGACCCCAAUACUGGGAAAGUUGUUUCUGACUCCUUCCUUAUCGCCGAAUACCUCGAUGCGACUUACCCGAGUGGAACUACCUUGUUCCCCCCCGGUACGAAACCAUUGAUGGUAGCAUUAGAGGCUGGUGUUUUAGGGGCCAUCGGAAGCCUUUUCCCUCAUCAGCUGGCCACCAGCUGCUACAUCCUGAAUCCUUCCAGUGAGAAGUACUUCAGAGCAACCAGAGAGGCGACUUAUGGGAAGAAGAUUGAGGAGUUCUCUCCUGCUGGUGCCCAGCGUAACGCUGACUGGGCUAAGGCCAAGGAAGGCCUUGUUGCUGUAGACGGCUGGCUAUCAAAGAAUGGUGGAGGGAAGUUCGUCAUGGGAAACACUGUCACGUAUGCAGACGGUAUCCUGGGAGCGUGGCUCACCUGGAUUAAAAUUGCCAAUGGUGAAAGUAGCGCUGCAUGGAAGGAUUUCGCCAGCUGGCACGGAGGAAGGUGGGGUACCUACAUCACUAACUUGAAGCCCUUCGCAACAGUCUUGUAG